UCUCUUGAAUCAAUCAAACAGUAACAAAUAAAAAAUGCCGUGCCUUGCAAUUCGUAGAUGGACAUUUAGUGGUUUAGUAGGAGCAUUUCUUGAUCUUUCAAUUACAUUUCUUCUUCUAUGUGCAUCAACUCUUGCUUAUUUCGCCUCGAAAUUUCUUGCCGUGUUUGGAUUGCACUUACCGUGUCCUUGCACGGGAUUUUUCGCGAUUCCUGAUUCCGAUAAUAACUGCUUGCAAAGACAAUUUAUUGAUUAUCCUUUACGCAAAAUUUCGUCCAUUCAAUCAUCGGUCAAUGCCAAGUUCCCUUUCGAUUCAAUCGGAAAUCGUUCGCAAUGGAAAUGUAAGAGUAACAUUGCUAAAAUUGCCGGAGUUGGAUCCGAAGGUGAGUCGUCCUCGUCGUGUAUCUCAACAUCUUCAGGAAAGAUUGUGGAAUUAAAUAGUACGGAUCUCGACGAUUUGGUUAAGAUGAAAGAACACGGUUUUGUGAUGGGUGCAAUCAGCUCUCGGCAUGGUAAAGAACCGAAAUUCGAAUUUAAAUGGAAAAGUCUUCCCCGCCAUAGAUCAAAAAAUAACCUCAGACGUCGGAAAAAAGGCGUUGUCGAUAACAGAAAGUUAUUGCACGCUUUGUCGUUUAAAUCUAUAUGGUCAUCUGAUGGAUCUCCACAAUCUGAUCCUCAGGAUCUUAAUAAUUGUAGAGAUGGAAACGAAGGUAAUUCAAUGGUGGACAUCGGAUCAAAGAGAAAAAUUUCACAAGGUUUCGAAUUAUACGAAUCAGUCGACGAAAACGAUAUUACAGAUCAAGAAAACAAUUCAGAAUUACACGGAAAUUCAAGAAAUACGAUCAAGCUUCUCGAACUAGCACUAGAAGAAGAACACGCCGCUCGAGCCGUCCUGUAUAUAGAACUCGAAAAAGAGAGAACCGCCGCCUCCACGGCGGCCGACGAGGCAAUGGCGAUGAUCCAGCGCCUCCAAGAAGAAAAAGCGUCGUUAGAAAUGGAAGCAAUGCAAAGCCAGAGAAUGAUCGAAGAAAAAUACGCUUACGACGCUGAAGAAAUGAAUAUUUUGAAAGAGAUUUUAAUCAGAAGAGAACGAGAAAAAUAUUAUUUGGAGAAGGAAGUCGAAGCUUAUCGGCAAAUGCUCAUCGGAAACGAGGAGGCGUAUAUGAACACGUACGGUUACUGUAAUUUUAGCGACGAAGAUUAUAAGGCGGGAAAAUCGAAGCAAGCUUCGAUUAACGGCGACGAUGUUGUACCGGAAUAUUCCGAUGAGGAGAUUAUACCGUCGAGCGCGACGUUGAAGUUAAUUGAAUCGCCGUCGAGUUCUUCACCGGAGAAUUCGAAUUCGAAUCAAGAUCAAGAUGAUUCGAUUCAUGAUGUUCAUGUAAUUGAUGAUCAAUCUACCGUGCCGAAGCAGUUACCGACGAAAUUAAUCAGUCAGUCUAGCGUCGGAUUACCGCCGAUUCCGAGUUCGAGUUCGAGAACCAGAUCGACAUCCGUGCACGGCGGAUUACGGCCGGAUAUGCGGAGGAAAUCGAUGUCGGCGUUUGAUUCGGAGCGGUUUAAAAUUGGGAGUGAGAUUAGUUGGCUGAGGGAGAGACUGAGAACUGUUCAAGAAGGAAGAGAGAAGAUUAAGAUUUGUAAAGGGAAUAAGGAGAGAGAGAAUACUCAGCUGCAAAUAUUGGAAGAUAUUACCAGUCACCUGAAAGAUAUUCGCCAGUUGACGGAGCCGGGAAAAGCCGCCCGCCGCGCUUCAUUGCCGCCGAUUUCUUCUAACGUCAUGUCCAAGAAAAGGCGGUGGCGGAGUGGUCCUUUGCUGCUUGAAGGAAGCGUAUAAUUAUUGGUAAAGAAAGUUAAGGAUUUGUGAGAUGUAGUUGGUCUUUCAUUUCAUUCCAAGCGUAGACUGGAAUGUAGUUGGUCUUCAUUUUGUCAAUUAGGGAAUAGUGGGAUUGAUUUUUUUUUUCUCUUUUUUUUGAGAAUAUGUGAUUGAUAUUUUAAUUUUUAUAAAAAAAUUAAUUUGAUUUUUCACAUGACUAUAUAGAUUUGAGUUAAUGCAUUUAAUUUUGUUUA